AUGAUACAUUCUGUUAUUCAAUUUUAUCCAACUCGUGAUGGUAACAUAUACCCAUUUGUUAUAUUUCAUGAUGAAAAUUUUACUUCGGUCAUGCGUGAACAAAUAUUAUCAUGUGUUCUCAAAACCAAAAGAAAGAUAAAAGUUUCAUUUGCACGUGUUAAUUUUCAAACUUCAGUACAACCGCAUAAUACAUCUCGUGCUAAUAAACCGAUUGGAUAUCGUUUAAUGUGUCGGUUUUGGACAUAUGAUGUUUUUUAUCAUCCAGCAAUUAUUCAAGGAAAAUAUGAUUAUCUUAUGAGAAUGGAUGAUGAUUCAUACUUUUCGAAUGUAGUCAGAGAAGAUCUUUUUCUUUAUAUGUAUAGUCGAAAACUAGAUUAUAUUUAUCGAUCUACAUAUUCGGAACCGUUCGAUCCGAUGCAUUCUAUUUUACGACGUUUCACUAAGAAAAAAACACUUCGCCUUGAUUGUAUUUAUAAUAAUUUGUUUGCUGUUCGUUUGAAAUGGUAUUAUGAAUCAAAGCGAAUUCAAAGUUUUGUCCAUGAAUUAAUUCAAGAUGAUUUAAUACUUCGAGAAUAUAUUGGUGAUGGAUGUAUUCAUUCAGCUAUGCUUGAAAUAGAUGAUCAAGUUAAUGUACAACAGGUGGUUUAUAUUUCAUAUGGUCAUAAUUUUCAUUUGAUGCCAUCAGGAUAUUGGCAAUGGAAGUUUCAUCAAGUCAAUGCAUUAUACGAAGAGAUAAACAAAUCAUGUGAACAGUUAACAGUACUGAGAGGUUUUCAAGGUAUAUUAACAAGAAUUAAGAUGUCCUAA